AUUGUUUCAGGAGGGAAAUAUUCAUAUUAUCAAAUAAUUCUCAAAUUCAACCACUGAAUAUUUUAAUAAAUUCCAUAAUUAUUUUUUAUCAGCUUUUGAAUUCAUAAACCAUUAACCAGAUUUGUUUUAUUGAAAUUCAUGGGCCGAUUGGUACCUCCAAUAACACUAGUCUCAGUCAAGAAACUUAUUGUAUGUCCUCUUAUAUUUCCUUGUUCUUUAUCUUCUUAUAUUUCCUUGUUCUUUAUCUUCUUAUAUUUCCUUGUUAUAUUUCCUUGUUCUUUAUCUUCUUAUAUUUCCUUGUUCUUUCCAUUUCUGUGUUCUUUCUUAAUUGAUCUGUCUUUAAUCCCAGGAGAACAAAUCUAUGAGCAGCUGAAGGAGAAAGAGGAGAAGAGGAAACCUAAACCGAAUAAACAAAAACCACGGAGAGAAAGUAAUGAAUCUACAAUGACAAAUACUGGGAAAGAUGUGGAUCAGGCACCCAAGAAAAGAGUUAAAAAGGGCAAGCAUCAUGUUGAAACAGAAUUACCAAAGUUGCAUGUCCCUAAAAAAAGAGUCAGAAAGCCAAAAACAGUAGAACUGACAAGCAACAACAUAAGUGAAGAACUUGCUGACCCAGAAUUCACCUGUCCUAUAUGCAAUAUCCAAGGUCAUACCAGUGAUGAAGAGAGUGGGAUUUUCUGGGUUGGCUGUGAUAAUGCAAGGUGUAGCAGGUGGUAUCACCGAGAGUGUCUGACUCAUGACCAGCAUGCAGAUGUUGACUUGAGUCUACUCACUGGUGGUACAUGGCAUUGUCAUCUGUGCCAAAAUGAUGGCAUUCUACAUUCAGAAGAUAUGUCAUGUACCACCCAUGAAGUACUUUGCCAAGUCUGCAUGCUGUCAUGCACUGCGAUCGAAAUUCGUGAUGGCAUUGAUUUGUUCUGGAUUAACUGCAAGUGUGGGAAGUCAUAUCACAAGUCCUGUCUGCCUUCCUAUGUUUACAGAGAGUGGGAUCUGGCAAAGGAAGCCUGGCGCUGUGGACAUUGUCCUGAUCAAAAUCUAAUCUAGUUUAAAAAAAAAUUAUCAAUGAGUAUCAAAAGAACCAUGUCAUUGACAUUCUAUUUUUUGUAUAAUUUACCUGAAUCAAUUUCUUAUUACUUAUUAAUUAACAAAUGAAUUUCACUUCAUUAAAUGUCUUUAAAUUCAUGACUUAUUCAAUGAAUUGACAGAUCUAAAAAAUAAUUCCUUAUAAUUGUAAUUCAUUUAUUAAUUUACAAUAAUCAUCAUAAUUUUCCAUAUUUCAUAACCAUCACCAAUCCAUUCAUGUAAAAAACCAUCUCCGCGAUGCAUUUUUGUUUGUUCUGAAGCUAUGUAUACUUUAUCAAAAUGUUAUGAAGUGUCAGUAUUUAUUUCAUGUAUUUGAGUAUUUCUCCGAUUCCACAAAAAUUGAAAAAAAAA